AUGGCUACUGCGCUUGGUUUCAUCAUCAACGCUGCUGGGCUUUUUGUCCCUCUCGGACUCCAAGCCAAAUAUGCCAAGGAAACUCCAAAAGAGGCCACCUCCGUGCAAAUCAUCGUCGGAAAUGGCGGCUCUUCCGGAGGUAAUGUUCCUCACAUUGCACUUUGGGACGAUGAUGGCAAUCGAAUUGGCCAGUACCACCCUGGAAGCGCGGAUAAGGUCGACGACAGUCAGGACGGUUUGUUUGUGGUAGAACAUAACCAAAACGGGAACAAACAAGCCGAUCCCUACUACAUCAUGCUGAGCAAUCUCGAAAACGAUGCGAUCUGCAUCUCUGCCAUUACCGUAGCCAACCGGAAGAUUUCGGGCACUUUUUACGGCGAUACUGGCUAUACGUGCGGCCAGUCCUGGUUCAUCGGUAACAACACAAUUGGAUCUAACUUCCAGACUCCAAAGUGUGUCUGGUUGGAUGCUGAUCACACCAACAAGAUCAACGCCCGCGCGAUGAGCUUCCACCUGAACGAUAUGGCCCCCUCGACGGACAAGAUGUCCCAAUACCAGAACAACCGGGACACCCUGUGCAAGAGCACGCCGCGCUUUUCCUUCUGGGGAAACCUGCUCCCGGACGGCGUCAUCCCCUUUUUCAAGCCCAGACUGGAGUAUAAUGAGGACUCAGCGGCCGCGGGCCAGGGCGCAGACAAGGACCUCUCGCGCGUCAUUGACAAACCCGACCAAUAUAACAAGGCCGUGUACCUGCACCAGGGCGAGAAGACCAAGGCCAAGGCGCGGUCAUCGUCGGCCCGCAGCGUCCAUACCCGUGGUGCUAACCAUGAUCCGUCCCACCUCAUCGUCACCAGUGACCCGAACCACGAUAUCCACGAGGUCUGCAGCCACGAGAAUUCGUACGGCUGGGACAUUGCCUCAACCGCCCAGAAUGUGUACUGCGACAUGGAGCACAAACAGAUCUAUGUCCUAUGUGACCAGAGCGUCACGGAGAACUGUUUCGACCUCAAGACCAAACAGAUUGUUCCACAGGGCGGCGUCUACGCCCGCGCCGAGCUCGCUGAGGCUUUCCCCAGCAAGGGCUACAACUCCGUUGCCCACUGGUAG